CUCGGCCACGCCCACAGCGCAGGAGGAGUCCUGAUGAGACACUGGAGGAGAAAACCACAGGUUUUCCUUGUUACAGUGUGGAUGUUUCUAAAGGUGUGAUGAAGGACGACCAGCAGAUUCUCUUCUGAUCCGAGGUUGAAGAUGGCCACGCCUUCAGUUGUGCUCCUAAACACUUUGGAGAAAAUGGGCAAGGAGGACUUUGAGAAGUUCAAAUGGACUAUGUCUCAGAGGGGGGUCCUUGGAGACUUCCCAGCAAUCCCAAAGAGUCGCCUGGAGCACGCAAACAGGAUGGAUACAGUCGACCAGAUGACCAAAACGUACUCUACAAACACUCUUAAAGUCACUCGAAUGCUGUUGGUAAGGAUCAAUAUGAACGACCUGUUGGAGAACCUUCCAGAAACCAUCAUCGAACCCACAGAAAUUUUCAGUCGGUGUCAGAAAACAAUGAAGUCAAAGAUGAAGAAGAGGUUCCAGUGUGUGUUUGAGGGGGUCUCUAAAGCAGGAGAGUCCAGCCUCCUGAACCAGAUCUACACAGAGCUCCAUGUCACAGAGGGAGGGACUGCAGAGGUCAAUCAGGAACAUGAGGUCAGACAGAUUAAAGCAGCAUCCAGGACAGCAGACAGAGCAGAAACAAGCAUCAGACCAGGAGACAUCUUUAAAGCCUCACCUGAAAGAUCUGACCUGAUCAGAACAGUGCUGACAAAGGGAGUGGCUGGCAUUGGGAAAACAGUCCUGACUCAGAAGUUCACUCUGGACUGGGCUGAAGACAAAGACAACCAGGACAUCCACUUCACAUUUCCAUUCACCUUCAGAGAGCUGAAUGUGCUGAAGGAGAAGAAGUUCAGCUUGGUGGGACUUGUUCAUCACUUCUUCACUGAAACCAAAGAAGCAGGAAUCUGGAGAUUGGAAGACUUCCAGGUGGUCUUCAUCUUGGACGGUCUGGACGAGUGUCGACCCCCUCUGGACUUCCAGCACACUGAGAUCCUGACUGAUGCUUCAGAGUCCACCUCAGUGGAUGUUCUGCUGACAAACCUCAUCAGGGGGAAACUGCUUCCCUCUGCUCACCUCUGGAUCACCACACGACCUGCAGCAGCCAAUCAGAUCCCUGCUGACUGUGUGGACAGGGUGACAGAGGUCCGAGGGUUCACCGACCCCCAGAAGGAGGAGUACUUCAGGAGGAGGUUCAGAGAGGAGGAGCAGGCCAGCAGGAUCAUCUCCCACAUCAAGACCUCCCGAAGCCUCCACAUCAUGUGCCACAUCCCGGUCUUCUGCUGGAUCACUGCUACAGUUCUGGAGAAGGUGUUGAAGAGCAGAGAGGGAGGAGAGCUGCCCAAGACCCUGACUCAGAUGUACAUCCACCACCUGGUGGUCCAGGCCAAAGUCAAGAAGGUCAAGUACGAUGGAGGAGCUGCCACAGAUCCACACUGGAGUCCAGAGAGCAGGGAGAUGAUAGAGUCUCUGGGAAAACUGGCUUUUGAGGAGCUGCAGAAAGGAAACCUGAUCUUCUAUCCAUCAGACCUGACAGAGAGUGGCAUCGAUCUCACAGCAGCCUCAGUGUACUCAGGAAUGUUCACACAGAUCUUUAGAGAGGAGAGCGGCCUGUACCAGGACAAGGUGUUUUGCUUCAUCCAUCUGAGCCUUCAGGAGUUCAUGGCCGCUCUUCAUGUCCACCAGACCUUCAGCAACUCUGGAAUCAACCUGCUGGAAAAGAGGAAAGAUGAAUCUUUGGGGUCCAAACAGUUCAGAAAGAAGGUCAACCCAACAUGUUUCUACCAGACUGCUGUGGAUGAGGCCUUGAAGAGUCCAAAUGGACACCUGGACUUGUUCCUCCGUUUCCUCCUGGGUCUUUCACUGCAGGAUAAUCAGAAGCUUCUACGAGGUCUGCUGACACAGACGGAGAGUACUUCAUAUGCCAAUGAGAAAACGGCGGAAUACAUCAAGAAGAAGCUGGGUGAGAGUCUGUCUGCAGAGAGAAGCAUCAAUCUGUUCCACUGUCUGAAUGAACUGAAUGACAGUUCUCUGGUGGAGGAGAUCCAACAGUCCCUGAGAUCAGGACAUCUGUCUACAGAUAGACUGUCUCCUGCUCAGUGGUCAGCUCUGGUCUUCAUCUUACUGUCAUCAGAAGAAGAUCUGAAGGAGUUUGACCUGAAGAAAUACUCUGCUUCAGAGGAGGCUCUUCUGAGGCUGCUGCCAGUGGUCAAAGCCUCCAACAAAGCUUUGUUGAGCAGCUGUAGCCUGUCUUGGAGAAGCUGUGGAGCUUUGUCUUCUACUCUCAUCUCUCAGUCCUCCAGUCUGACACAUCUGGACCUGAGUAACAACGACCUGCAGGACUCAGGAGUGAAGCUGCUGGCCGCUGGACUGAGGAGUCCUCACUGUAAACUGGAAGCUCUCAGCUUGUCAGGGUGUCUGGUCUCAGAGGAAGGCUGCAGUUCUCUGGUCUCAGCUCUGAGCAUCAACCCCUACCAUCUGCGAGAGCUGGACCUGAGCUACAACCAUCCAGGAGACUUGGGAGUGGAAAUGCUGUCUGCUGCUGUGGAAAAUCCUCACUGCAGACUGGAGACUCUCAGGUUGGAUCACCGUGGAGAACAGUGGUUAAAACCUGGUCUGAACAAGUAUUUCUCUUCACUUCAAGUGGACACAAACUCAAUGAGCACAACCCUCAAACUGUCCGACGGGAAGGUGACAUUCACGGAGGAGGAGCAGCCGUGUGACGAUCAUCCAGACAGAUUUGGGUUCUGGCCUCAGCUGCUGUGCAGAAAUCCUGUGAGGGCUCGUCGUUACUGGGAGGUGGAGUGGAGCGGGUGGGUUCGUGUAGCAGUGAGUUACAGAGGAAUCAGAAGGAGAGGAGACGAUGAGGAGUGUGUGUUUGGAAUGAACCGUCAGUCCUGGAGUCUGGAGUGCUCUGAUGAAGGUUACACUGUCAGACGCAAUAAGAGAGGGAGACGCGUCACCUCCUCCUCCAGCUCCUCCUCCUCUGGCAGAGUGGGAGUGUACGUGGACUGUCCUGCUGGAAUUCUGUCCUUCUUCAGAGUCUCCUCGGACUCUCUGAUCCACCUCCACACCUUCAGCACCACAUUCACUGAGCCCCUGUACGCCGGCGUUGGGUUCGGCUGGGUUGGUUCUUCAGUGUCUCUUCAGUGUAGAAACUAAUGUUAGCUCAUUAUGCGUCAUAUCCAUGUUUUCAUUAUUUGUGGUGUCAGCCGGGAAGCAAGGAUAAAGGCUUGCUGGGCUCUGUAGAGGUUUGGAGUGUCGUAUGUAGCAGAAAUGACUGGAUCCAACACUUUGACUGAUUCGCCCCGUUAUUCAGUCCCGGGUCUUUCUUCCAGUCCAUGCACUCCUUUUUCAUUUUUAAGUUUUAAGUUUUAGUUUAUUUUGUUUCAAAACAACAUUUGCAUGUAUGUGUUACACUUUGUGUGUGAAAAGGUAGGUUUGAAGUGAUGUCUACGUGGAUAUUUGAAUUGGUGUUCAUUUACACAACAAACAUAUUUAUAGGGAUGAAUUUUAUGUGUGCUCAGUCUUUUUAGCAAGAUAAUAAAAUACAUUUAAAUGUUUGAAAUGUGCUAACUAACAGUGACUGUGAACUCUUAAACUAACAAGAAUCUGGACUGGGACCAGAACCAGGACCAGGACAAUAUGGACUGGGUGUCUUUGCACACUGGAGGAAAACUUUGCUCUUAUUGUGCAUCUUCUGAGCAUGUGCACAACUAUUUUCAACAUAUGCCGUGCACAUGUGCAGUUGUGGUGUUUCCGAAAAGUUGCAUGUCCUGCCUUUAUAACAAUUAAAGA